GUAAACAUUUUAGACUUGACAUUGGCUAAAUACACAAACCGUGCGAAGCCAUAUAGAAAAAAAAAGAAAAGAAAAAAACAAAAAGAUGAGUUUUUGGCGGGAUUUCAUCGAGUGUGGUUGGCGUCUUAUUUUAAUUAUUCAUAAAUGCGUUCAUAGUGGAUAUUGUGAAAUAAAAUUGGUGUGAUUUUGUGUUACAACUGUCUGCGUAACUGAAGAAUUAGUAGAAUCGUCAAAAUAUACGCUAUUCCGGUCAAGUGGACGUGAGAAUUUUAUUGUAGUAUUGACUACCUCACAGAAGCUUAUCGAAAAAGCCAGCUCGAUACAUUUCGUGCCAAACACUUCAAGAAACAUUAGAAUGCGUCACACCGAUAUUCUAACGUAAAAAGAAAAAAAGAAUAAUUUUACUAAGACCAGGCUGUAUGGGCAUUGUUCCCCUUGCCUUCCCUGAAAAGGGAGACUUAACCAAAAAAAAAACUUACGCCGGUCCAGCAACUGUAAAAAAUAAUAAAUGACUGUUUAUAGUUAAGUUUUAAUAAUACCUGAUAUUUGUUACCAAUAUUCAAACAUGGCCCAGGAUUUGAUGAGUCAAUUCUACAUGUGUCUCAACCUACCACUUCAAGAUAAGAUCAAUGAAUUGACAAGGCUAAUAGAUCAAUCUAGUCCAAAUAAAGAUUUACAAGCCUUGUUUCCUCAACUCAUCAGCAGUAUAUUUUCUACAACAUUCAAUAAUGGCUGGGGUUUGAGAUCCUUAACAUUUGAUGCUAAUAGAUAUGAAUUUGAAUUAUUACUUAAUUUUUUUGAACCACAAGGACCAAUAUUUCGCUUGUGUUACAAACUGUUGUCAGAUCCUCAAUUAAAAUACAGUUUGCCUUUAAAUUUGUUGCCGAUUGAUUUACAAAUAUCUCUUGAAAGAGGAAGAUAUUCUCAGUUUUAUGCGGAUAUGCUGACAAUGGAUUCGCAAUCAUUGAAUGUUGUUGCUUUAGCCCUCAAUCCAUUUGAUUAUUACAUAAUCAACUUUGCAUUGUACUUGGUUAAUAAUAGCGUAAAUAAAAACUCAUGGGAGAAUUGGAACAGUGUGUACUUUGCAUUAGCAUGUGACUACCUGAUGCACUUUUUACCUUCUGACCCAAAUGUUCCUGUCUUACCUCACAUACCAAACUAUACAGGAAAAGUACCAAUGGCAGCACCACUACAGCCUAAAAACAGGCCACUGUAUUCUCCUUCGCUCCUAUUAGUACCCGAUCUCUCUGGUAUCAAUAACCAACACACAUCACAAACACAAACUCGAAAUGAAAUUUGGCGCUCAGAAACAGUUUUGCAGAUAUUUGUCGACUUGUGGAUGAGUGUAGAGCAAUUCAACACUAGAAAUGUUGAGGCUUACGAAAGAAGUUAUCCGACCGUUUGUUCGAGUCCAGAAAGAGUAAGAAUAGUGAGGGUGUUAGUGAAGCAUUUACAUUCAUAUUCAGCCAAACAUCUCGCUGACCCCGCUUCACGGUCAUCAGCCCUGCGAAAAUACGCUCGCCAAAUAAUGUGUACUCGCGCUUAUCAUUAUGUGAAGCACUUGGUGAUGACUUGGCCAUUGGAUGCUUCUUUUAGACUCGUGAUGGAGCUCUGGUUGAGUCUUAUCCAACCAUGGCGGUACACGGAUAAUACUAUUAGCAAUGACAGAUUUCCAACUUCGAAUAACAAUCACGAGGAAGGCAAUGCAAAUAUUCUUGAUGCAAGUUUUACUCAAUUUAUUGCUGAAAACUUUCCAGCUUACACUUGCAUAUUCCAAUUGGUUGUGCCCAGAUUUAUGAGACUGGAUUUGACAGCUUAUAAAAAUGUUGUAAUGCUGUUUCGAUUGGGAAAGGUGCUUUCACAACAGCAUUUGGUACCAAUUCUGUGGUACCUUGAACAAGCUAUUGUGGAUAACAGUUCGAACUUUCAACAUAGUCCUGAUACAAGUUUAAAUAAUUCGACAUUUGAACAGAGUUACAUUUAUAACGGCGUAGCUUUACAUAAAUGGGUGCCAAUAGCAAAGCAGUCCCUAUCAGAAAUAAACUUGUCUGCUAAUUACGAAUACGAUCCUGUUUGGAGUGAAAGCAAAAAACAAUUUGCACUAGAAUUUUUAAGAAAAAUUAUGUCCUCCAAAAUCCAAGGUGAAAAAAACUUGGAAGAGUUGAACAAAAGACUGAACAAACAACAUCAAGGUUUUUGGGCAAGUGUAAAGGAUUGGUUAAUGAUGGGUAGCUAUGAAGAAGAUAGGUUAUUAUUUGAUGAAGCAAAAAAAGUGCCGAAUUAUUUGAAUGCUACUAUCCAAUACUUCUCUGAUAUUUAUGGUCUGAGUGACUACGCGAUGCAGAAUUCCGAGCAAAUUGUGGAAGAUAGUUUGGAACAUUCGUCAUUUGCUAACUCAACAAAUUUUCCCUAUUCGGUCACUAAUAAGCUCCGUAACAAACCCUCUACUGUACAUUAUAUGGGUGAUCCAGAUCUGAUGCCUAUUUCAUCUUAUGAGAGCACCAUCUUGGUUCGAAUCUUAUACCAAAUAGCAACAAGAAUCAAUGAAAUGUAUCAAGACGAAUUCUCGCAGCUGUGGAAUUCGAACAAAUUCUGGGGUUACGUUGCUCGUGAAAUCUUGCAAAAACCCUGUACCAUUCACAAUUAUGUUAAAGACGCAAUCAAUCAUCAGAACAUUGUGAGCCAAAACCUACCAGCCAGACUGUCGUUACGGCGCUUGGGGUCACAUGCCUUCGUCGUAUACAUGACCAUAGGAUACGGAUUGUUCAGAUUGUUUUCGUUCAGCGGUUUCACAUACUUACUUUUUAUAUUUACAAUGUGGUCAAUGUUUACACUAAUCAAAGUGUUUUUAAGAAUGUUAAGAAUUAUGCCCGUGAUUACGUAAUUAUGUUUGGUAUAUAUUUAUAGUUAAUUGUUUAAAAUAUAUUUU